AUAAAUAUGAAUCACAUUAAAGCUUUUGCUUUGGCAAAAUGGGCAACCGGAGAGAGAUUAGAGCUUAUAGAGAUGGUGGGUGAAGUUGGUCUAGUUUAAGAUUUAUCUGAUACACUAAUGAUUAUUAAGACGAAAACAAUUAGUUAAUUUCAGAAAAUGUAAAUUCAAUCUACUAUUCAAAGAGAUUCAUUGCCAUCUAAAAAAGGAAGAUGGUAUUAUCUUCCUUUUAAUAAAGAAAUAAUCUAACUUGUUUUAGCUUCUACAGAUUGCAAUCAAUAUAAUAUCGAAAUGCUUAUUAGUGCCAUUUAAUCUAAAAUUGUAUUUAUCAAUCAAAUCUAUUUAGUUGAAUGAAAGUGUCAUCAUUAAUGAUAAUUAAAAAGAUAAUAUAUUAAAGUUAUUGAAUUAUUUCGAAAAACAGUACAAUAAAGAUCCAAAAUAAAUCAAAUAAAUCAUGUAGACAUUAGAUAACACCAAAUAAUCAGUCUAAUAAAAUAUUGAAAAGCUAAUUAAUAAUAAAGAGCAAUUAAGUUAAAUUGAAAGUAUAUCUUAUCUUAUAUGAGUUAAAUCUUUGGAAUUGGAGGAUACUUCUAAAGUCUUUUACGAUACAGCAACUGCUGUUCAUAGAAAGAAUAGAUUAAAUAGAUUAAAAAGAAGAUUGUUUAUUGCUGGAAUAGCCUUUAUAAGUAUUGGAUUUAUUUGUUAUUGGAUUUUUUAUUGA